CCACCCUUUCUGCCUGCACUGACGCACAAUGGCUUUAGAAACAAAGCAGUCACGGAGAGCAACUGCAAGAAAGAAAACAGAACAACAUUCUCCGUCAUCUUCUCCAUGGAUUCUGGCUAAACCGACAAACUAUGUAGCUACAUUGCCUUUGAUGCACAAACCAGUUCAAACUUUAGAGACAAGAAAGACGAGAAGGGAGAGAAAGAAGCAAGGCAGAGGUCCCGAGUCUCCUCACUUGAAGCUCUCAAGAAAUCCACUCGUUAAUUCUUACCCCUCUCCUUCCCAAUCAUCUCUCACCCGGACUCUUCCACCAAAUCUCUCGCCGGCAGACUUCGUUAGAAGCUCUCCACAAACACAGAGGCACUCACCAUUCCAAAAACACUCCCCAUUAAACAAAAAGUCACCAUCGAAUCGGGACUCACCAUUGCAAAAGCAUUCACCUUUGCAAAAGAAUUCGCCACUACCUCCAACUAAGAAUACUCCACAAGUAGUUGACGAUGAUAUAAAAGUUGAACCUCAACCAGUUGUCAAUGGGUAUGAUGAACCAAAACCUCCUUCUACUCUACCAAUUGAAAAUGCACAAGAAACCCCUCAAAACACUCUAAGGGGGAGACCGCACAUUUCAAGUCCUCAGUCGACAAGAAUGAUGACAUCUAAGACACCAAUGCCAAGUGAUGAAGUUUUAAAUAUCCUCUUUGACAAGCUACUGGACCAACUGAAUCUUACUCCAGAGAAAGUGGCUGAGAUGAAUAGUAUGAGCCCACAGCAAAAAUGGAGUCUCAUUUUAGCACAGCGUGAGACAAAUGCCGGUCUUAGCUGCAUGUACUACAUUGAGCAGCUAGUCCGUCAUUCACAACCAGCUUUGAAAGAGAAGAAAGUGAAAAGGAAACUGCUAGACAAACUCCAUCCACUUGGUAAAGUCCUCAAGGAACUUGAAGUGGAACUAAGGACUAAUGCUGAAGGCUGGAUUGAUAAUUUUGUAGCCUCUCCUAAUCACGGACAUAUUGCUUUGAUUGACCUGCUAAAGGAUUUAAUUCAAUAUCCGAGUCUUUUAAACACAACACAAAAGAUCUCUAUCCUUCAAAGGAGUCCAUCUUGUGUUCAUACUUCAUUAACCUGUGUGAAGGCUUUGAUGAGUAACAGAAGUGGAUUUACUGCUGUCUUUAAUUAUGCACCAAGUGUCUUUGUCAUUACACAUUGCAUUUCAUUUCCGCACCAUAAAACAAAGACACUUGUCCUCAAAUUACUUAUUCUAGUACUCCUGGUUCCGAGUGGGCCUCAGAAAAUCCUGCAAGCUUUUGAGCACUAUAGGAGAGUCAAGGGAGAGAAGAAUAGGUUUGAAAUACUUGUUAAUUCAAUGUUUCAGGAGCCCAUGGCACCUUCUUACCAAGCUGAAGUGCUGCGGUUUAUAAAUACAGUUGUACAGGCAGGAGAUGGGCCUAAUGCCCGCAUUUUUCAUCAGCAGGAAUUCCUCAAUGCAGGGCUUGACAUUAAAACAAUAGAGCAGACACUUGAAUGUGAACCGGAUGAAAAACUGAUGCAUGAAUUAAAAGAAUGGAAGAAAUCUUUUACCGACGUACAGAAACUAACUGAUGAGUUAUUGAUCGCUAGAGGCAGAGCAAAUGGACUCAAACAAGAGCUUGACAUGACGUUAAAAUCACUCAGACAAACCAAGAUUGAGAGAGAUAGCUAUUAUGAUCAUUUGUUAAAGAUGCAAGAUAAAAGUAAGCAGCAAGAUAAUAGAGUAAAAACAAUGACUGAUGAAAUCACAAAUUUGACUGAUGAGCAACAUGAAAGGAGCUACAUGGUCAAACAAAUAAAACAAUUGCAGGAAGUCAAUCAGCACUAUCGUCAACAAACGUCUCAAUUAAGAAAUAAGAUAGAAGAGUCAAUGGGCCAAGAAGCAUUACAGGAUAUAGAUAUCAUAGACCCAUCAUUUGAAAUACAAGAUCAAGUCACUGCCUUCAAGAGCUACACAACAUCAACAAUAGCCACUCAGACGAUCGGCUCCACGAGUGAUCUGACCGACGGAAUGCUCCAUGAAGGAGAGGCAGAACAAGAGGCGUUACCUGUACCAGAGCCUCCUCCAUUACCACCCAACAUUCCUGCACCACCCCCACUACCAAAUGUGCCUUUACCUCCACCACUUCCUGGAAUGAACACAUCAUUGAGAAAGCCUUACAUUACUAAUCUACCACUGCCUACAUUGAACUGGGUUCCUUUGAGAAAUACAAAUGAUACCAUAUUUGAUGGCAUGGACGAUAAUCACGUUAUUGAGGAGAUUGAUUUCUCAGAAUUUGAGACGUUAUUUCAAGUGCCACGUUUCAAGUCAAAAGAAGUAAAAACUCAACCAGUCAAGAAGCAAGUCGAACUCUUUGACUCAAAGCGAACUAGAGGCAUCCUGUUUGCUAAGCGGCGAGUGAGAAAAGAGCCUGAAGUUAUAUCUGAGAUGAUAUCGAAUGUUGAUUUGGAUGGUCUGAUAACAGAGCACUGUGAGCUAUUGAUAUCAAUUGUACCACAAGAAAGUGAAAGGGAGACACUAGCUAAAAACGCUAGCGAUUAUGAAACAUUUGGGGAAGCAGAGCAGUUCCUUUAUCAACUUGCCAAAAUACCACGUCUUGAAGAAAGACUAGGAGUGAUGUCAUUCAUGGGAGGCUUUGACGAGAUCUUAUUACAAACUCAACCGAGGAUUGAUGCUGUAUUGAAUGCUUCACUCUCAAUACACAGAAGUUCAAGAUUAAAGAAAGUCUUUGAGGUUAUCCUUGCAUUUGGUAACUACAUGAACAGCAGUAAGAGAGGGACAGCGACUGGUUUUAAAUUGGCCUCAUUGGAGAGACUUUUAGACACUAACUCAACUGACAAGAAGCAAAACCUCCUUCACUAUAUCACCCAUGUUGUAGAGAAAGUGUAUCCAAAUCUUUUGCUGUUUUAUGAAGACUUGACAAUAGGAAAAGCAUGCGAAGUAUCACUGGAAAUGGUGAAUUUAGACGUGGAGAAUAUAAAGCAAGGAUUCAAGACAUUAAAAGAAGAGCAAGAGUCCGAUCCACAGAACUUCAUAAUAUUCAGUUUUGUAAAACAGGUUUCAUCCAAGGUUGAAGAACUUCUUGAAGAACAUCAGAAAAUGAAACAUGCUUACACUGAAGUCUGCCGCAUAUUUAGCGAAUUGCCAACAGAAGAACCAGCCAAAUUUUUUGAUUACUUUCGCAAAUUCAUAAACUCAUGGAAGAUGGCAAUCAAAGACAAUCACAAAAAGAAUAAGAAGAUGGCUCCUGCUAGCGGCCUUUUAAAGAAACCAAAGAAUCCAGAAGAGCUCAUGAGAGACCUUGCAACUGAAGCUGCCAUUGUAGCAACAGCAAGAAUGAACAAGACCUCAAUACAAGAAGAUGAGAGAGUGGCAGUCCCUGAGGAGAAAAGCAAACCAAAAGUAGAAAAGGAGAACAAAAAAGAACCUGCAAGUGAAAAACCAGUUAAAACAAGUUCGGUGAAGAAAGGAAGGGAAGCGAGUGCUGCUAGUGACCUAUUGGAGGAUGAGUAUUACUCUACGAUGGAUGGAACAGUUUCAUGGUGACAAAUUAAAAAAAACAUUUUGAAUUCAUUUUAUCUGUUUGUAUGUAGUUAACUAGUUAUGUACAUUAAUUGAUUCUGUAAAUAUGAAAAGUUUGAUUUUAACUCUUGA